AUGACAGAUGACAAUUCAUCAGCUCCACCACCGUACAAUCCUUCCUCAAAUAAUGAACCGAAAUCAGCAAUAUCCAAGACAUCUCAGGAUUAUCCACAAUCAGUGCAAUUGCUGCGACAGCCACAAUAUCCGUUAUCGCCAUCUGUGCAAAAAUGCAGCUUCCCAUCCUCGAUUAAUCCGCCGAUGCAAUCACAAGUAGAACCAAUCAUCAUGCCGAUUGUAAUGCCACAACCCAUAACAUCAUAUCCAUGUCAACAACCAAUGUCGGAUAAACCAAUAAAUGUCGUGGUCAAUGCUAACAAUAGAGCUGAAGAUGACAGUUCUGCAAGAGAUUACAGGAUAUGUAAUUUCUGCAAACGUGGAAUCAUGACAAAGAAGAAGUAUUAG